AUGGCGUACAACAUCAACAUUCUCAUCUACGUCGCCCUCCAGUUCAUCGCGUUCGUUUUCGUGCUGGUGGCUACGCCGAUCGACAUGUUCCGCGACCCGAACAAUAAGACUGCGAACUCGCAUUUGUGCCUGACGUUAUGGGGUAUAAAAUGGGGUUGCUCCAACACCUCGUACUAUUCCACGUCGGAGGAGGUGUGGGUCAAUUGUUCGGAGCGCCGCGACCGUUUCCGCGCUGCUGAGGGAUUGGCUGUGAUCUCCAUCGUGCUGUACGGCGCGGCGUUCGUCUUGGGCGCCAUUUUGCUGUUCUCCUGCCCUCUCUUCCGGUGGGUGUGCCUGGUUCUCAACAUCCUUGGCAUGCUCACCGUGGGCAUCGUCUGGGUGGCCAUGGUGUUGACCUACUACGUGGAUGAGCAUAUGUAUUGCCCGAAGAUGGAGCGCUACUUCAGCUAUGGAGCCGGCUUCGCGCUCUUCGUGAUCGCCUGGUGCCUGGACAUCAUCAACAUCGUCUUAUUGAUGAUCCGGUGCGAUGAUCAGAGGGUUGGUGCGAAUGAGCAUCCGGAGCUGUUGACACGGCCGGGAGGGGAGGAGGUGAAGUGA